GAACCGAAGCGCCGCGGCCCAGGGCCGGUCCCGGAGCGCGCCCCCCGCCCUGGGCCGCGCCCAGCCCCGACGAGCACCUGGCCCGGCCUCGGAGUCCUGCUCCCUGAGACCCUGUAGGACCGCCCCGAGAGUCCACCCGCCGGUAACGCUCAGUCCUGCGAGUAUCUCGUAUCAGCCCCACGUUUCAGCAGAUUUGAUGGCAGUAGUGGAAUUGAAGAAAACUGGCAGCUUUGAGAACGAGAAAUAUAGGCGCCGCACCCGUGAACCCUUUAUGUCCUUGUCCUGUUUCCAAGGGCUGUUGGGCACCAAUGCCUCUGCUCUGGAAAAAGACAUUGGUCCAGAGCAGUUUCCAAUCAAUGAACACUACUUUGGAUUGGUCAAUUUCGGAAACACGUGCUACUGUAACUCCGUGCUUCAGGCGCUGUACUUCUGCCGGCCUUUCCGGGAGAAUGUGCUGGCGUACAAGGCCCAGCAAAAAAAGAAGGAAAACUUACUGACGUGCCUGGCAGACCUCUUCCACAGCAUUGCCACGCAGAAGAAGAAGGUCGGCGUGAUCCCACCAAAGAAGUUCAUUUCGCGGCUGAGAAAAGAGAACGAUCUCUUUGAUAACUACAUGCAGCAGGAUGCUCACGAGUUUUUAAAUUAUUUGCUGAACACUAUUGCGGACAUCCUGCAGGAAGAGAAGAAACAGGAAAAGCAAAACGGAAAAUUAAAAAAUGGCAACAUGAAUGAGCCUGCAGAGAAUAAUAAACCAGAACUCACCUGGGUCCAUGAGAUUUUUCAGGGAACGCUGACCAAUGAAACUCGAUGCUUGAACUGUGAAACUGUUAGUAGCAAAGAUGAAGAUUUUCUUGACCUUUCUGUCGAUGUGGAGCAGAAUACAUCCAUUACCCACUGUCUGAGGGAUUUCAGCAACACAGAAACCCUGUGUAGUGAACAAAAAUACUAUUGUGAAACAUGCUGCAGCAAACAGGAGGCCCAGAAAAGGAUGAGAGUGAAGAAGCUGCCCAUGAUCUUGGCCCUGCACCUGAAGCGGUUCAAGUACAUGGAGCAGCUCCACAGGUAUACCAAGCUGUCCUACCGGGUGGUCUUCCCGCUGGAGCUCCGGCUCUUCAACACUUCCAGCGACGCCGUGAACCUGGACCGCAUGUACGACCUGGUGGCCGUGGUGGUUCACUGUGGCAGUGGUCCUAAUCGUGGGCAUUAUAUUACCAUUGUGAAGAGUCACGGCUUCUGGCUUUUGUUUGAUGAUGACAUUGUAGAGAAAAUAGACGCCCAAGCUAUUGAAGAAUUCUAUGGCCUGACAUCGGAUAUAUCAAAAAAUUCAGAAUCUGGAUAUAUUUUAUUCUAUCAGUCAAGAGAAUAACCUGAAGAGCUGCGGGACUAAUUCCAUAUGGGGCGGGGUGUUCAAAGCCCUCUCACCUGGUUUCCCCGCAGACUUUCCUCCCCAGCGGCCCACCAGUGGUGUUACGCCAAGUCCAGUGGUCUGGCUGUGUUAGACUUUCUCUCCCUUUGUUUUUUUGUUUUUUUGUUUUUUGUUUUUUUUUACAUGCAGCACUACUUGUGGUUUUAUUUUAGUCUGAGGUAGAGUUUAACUGCAAUCAGAUCGUAGUAAGAUGAGUAUGAGUAACAGUUGCUAAUUUUAGGAUCGGGUGAAUGUUCCACCACUGGCUGUGUCUGGCUGAAUCAGAGUGACGUGUCCUGCGAAUGUGUACAGUCCACGUCCCGAGGGCCUCCUGGGAUGGCGUCUCCAUGCAUUCCUUUCCCGUGUCCCUGGAAGCUCUGCUCCCCCGUUGUAGCCGCCCUGCCUCCUGUCUGACAGAAGGACAGAAGAAGAGUUAGGUAGAUGUUCACCUUUCAGGGCCGCAACUCCAGCUUUACGUCUGUGCAAGUGAGAACGUUUUAAAAGUGAGUAACCUCAGCAUUAAGGUCCUCCUCCAGGUGGAGACGGGGUGAGGAGAAGCCAUGCCCGGGCUGGGCUCACCCAGCCUGAAGAAUCGCCGAGGUCCAGAAGGUGUGGGGCUCGGGCCAGGCAGGGGCAGGAGACGGAGGCUUGUGUGGACAAGUGAAAAGUUACUUUUCUUAUCUUUCUACCAAAAUCACGUGUCAGGAAAAGAACCCUCUGCUGUUCGUUUGUAGUGACCGUCCCCUCCCGUGAGGUCCUGUGCGUUGUAUCUGUCCUCUCUCUGGCCCCGCUAAGCUAUCCCAAGGCGUCCCCCAGCUGGGUGUUGUGCAGCCUGUGGUCGCAGGGUUGAGACGCCACGGGGACUGCCCCCUGGCACAGCUGUCAUCCCCCAGUCAGCACCCAUCCUUCUCUGUCAGGAAGGACACAGGCACUGGGCCCUCACCACCUCGGUCCACCUGUUCAUGCUUCAGCCUGUUGACUGAGGCACGGGUGGGCCACGGGGCCACCAUGGAACCUUCCCUACAGGGAUAACUGGAGUUAGCUGGGCAUGAAGGGGGGGUCACAGGAAGUGUGAGUGGGUGGGCGGAGGGGCGAACAAAACGGUGGCGUUUCUUUGGCUCAGACUCCUAGAAUGCUUGACGAGACGGUUUUUUUUUUGUUUUGUUUUUGUUUUUGUUUUUUUUUUUUGUGGAAGAACCUCAUCUCACUGUAGUUACUUUUACCUUGUUCACUUUUGUUAUAUAUGUAUUUAUUAGAUCGUUUGAGUAUUGGUACCUUUUAUUAAAAGGGUCAAUUUGGUGUUUUGCUGUUAAGCUGGUUUUUGGAUUCUUACAAACACUCUGAGUCAUAGAUCUUGGCUUCCUUUGGGAAGUCAGUCGACUUCCAUUCACUCUAAUAUACUGUGAACAUAUUAUUUUGUUACCUAAUAAAUCAGCGAACGAACAUGCAGAUGUUUGGCAUAAUGUGAACUAAAAUUGAAAUCGAAAAUGUUGGUGGCCAUUUUGUAACAAGAGCAUAGCACUUUAUCUAGAUGAAAACUGGAUUUCUUGUCUUUGAGAUAUCUUGAACUGUUUAUUGCUCAGAACCUAAAUAAGCAUGCCGACGCUUCAUUUGUUCAUGCUUGAAGUGAAAUGUUCUACUUUUCACUGGAGAAGACAAAAACAGGGUGAUCUUCACGUUAUUGUUUUAUACAAGUGACGAAAAUAUACCUUGCCUUGUUUAGAGGCAAAUUCAUAUUUAUAAAUAUUUUGUCUUUUUUUUUUCCUCCAUGAAACAUAUGCAGUAAUCACUUACCUGGAAGGUGAGUAUUUAUUCUGUUUUUAAGGAGACACUUUGCAGUUGGAGAUGACUGAUAGAAGAAACUGUUUGUACUAUAUCUUACCCAUGUAUCUGACCACAGGUUGCAAAGUUUAAAAAAAAGAAAAUGGUUCAUAUCUAAUAUAUUUGGAACUGAUUCAUAAGAAAAACUAUUAAAAUUAUCUUUGAAAUGACUCUUGAAGCUAAUUUAUUAGAAAACAAAAGUUUCAAUUGGAAGCCUACAGAAGUAAAUAUCUAAAUGCUAAGUUGUAGAUUCAGUGCAUUUCCAUUAUUAUUGUUAUUAUUUUUAUUAUGUGUGUAAAGAAUUUUCCCUAGUGACUAAACAGAAGACAUUGAAAGGAUCAGUUAAAAUUCAGUAUUCCUGGAUAGAGGUUAGAAAUAAAAAAAAAAAAAAAAAACAAGUAUGGAAGAUAAUGCAAAGGCAUUAAAAUGAUUGUGUGAUGCAUGAAGAGAAGAUUGGAGAAAGACCAAAACACACUUAUCCACUGCUACUCCAUCAGAUUUUUAAGCUGUAGAGCUAUCUGGUCAUUUCUUUCUCUUCGGUAAAUGAAACAAACCCUAGGCAGCUACAUUUCCCCCAAAUCAUUUCACUUUACCUAAAGACAGUAGCAGGCAAACACAUUAUUUUUCAUCCCUCAUUCAUUGCGUAAAGCAGAGAACGGUGUGAGAUGUGUGAGACCAUUCUGAGGUCAGCGAUAGCACAAAGGCUCAGCAAUAUUCCCAGCACAAAGGCUCAGCAAUAUUCCCUCAAAUGGCAGGGGUUUUGUGUGUCAUUUUCUGGCAGGAGUGAGUAGGCCUGCUGUAUUUCUUUUAACUGCUGCGGGUUUUAAAAGAAGUCACAGUGUUUUCCACUUAAAAAAGACAGGACACAUUUGCUUUAUUGGUUACUUUCUAGCUGAGCAUCUAGAUUAUGGUACAGUUGGCUUAAAAGGCAUUUGUUUAAAAGCCAGUUUUGGCAAAAUGAAUGACAUCCGGUCCUACUACAUGGAUACAUUUUCCAUUCCAGGGCAGCAUGAAGUGGACUGGUUCUCAGAGAGCCAAGGAACAAAACGAGAGGAUGUUGGCUUAAAUUGGCAGGCAGUCGUAUUUGGUUUUACGGCCUGGCAUAUUUUGGAUUUCAGAUGAAAUGGGGAAAAAAAAAAUGACAGGAAUGGUCCCUAUGCAUUUAUUUUCAUGGAUAUGCUUAAUUUCAUGGGCAUGCCUAACAAUGAACUAUGUUCUAACUGGAGCUUAGGACUUAUUUUAGAUAUUGGAGUGUAGCUUUAUUACAGAUGGAUUUUAUCUUUAAACAUUGCAUUUUGAUCAACUUUGUAUAUUCACGUGUAUUAAAAUAUCGUGCACUAAAUGUUUUGCCCUCAUUUGCUAUUAUAUGGUCAAGGCAUUUAUUAGCACUAUUGUGAUUAACUCAUGUAAAUGGCAUGGGUCAGGGAAAAUUAUUUCCUACUUUUCUGCCUAAUUAAAUUUCUGUUUUCCAGUAUUACGUUAAUUUAUUUUUGGCCUCCAUUUCUUUGUAACCAAAAUAGUUACUGUAUUUGUGUGGCAUUCAUUUGAUUUUGUUGCUGAAAAAGUUUAGUUUUUAUUUAAGAAUAAUCUGUACCUUAAUUUUUUUAAUGUAACCAAUUCAAGCACUUUAAGCAAUAACGUCAAUCUUGUGAAAUUUCAAUCAGUUUAACACCCCGCCUCUAAAAUUGUUUGCAAAAAGAUAAUAAUAAUAAUAAAUAAAUAAAAUAGGAAUUCUC